AUGGAAACUAGCAUCUUUUCACAAGUGGAUAUUGAUGCUGAUGAAAUAAGUCAUUUGGACGAAGAUAAUUUAAUCGGCCAUGGUGCUCAUGGAAAGGUUUAUCGAAUCACGCUGAAGAAAAACAGGAUGGUUUGUGAAGCAAUUAGAGAAAGACGGGUUUUAGCUUUUUUGCUGGUACACAUGGUUAUAUUUCUCGAGUACGAGGAAGCAUUAGAGAGAUUUGAGUCAGUUUUGGGAACAAAGCAGGAGCCCGAUGAAGCAGCAGUGGCAAGUUAUAAUGUUGGUUGUUGUUACUCUAAGCUAAACCAGUUAUCCCUCUAUAUAUGUAGAUUAAAUCCCUCAACCACAUUUUUCAAUGAUUAG